CUGCUCCUCCUCUCUCUCAGUUUCCUGUCUGGCUUUGUGUUCACGACGGAUAUGUGCAGCGCCUACAGGUGUGUCUCAUCUUCGCGGCUGUUCUCCCUUCCCGGGGCAGGGCUGGCAGAGGAGCUCGAGGAGAGGCGGGCGCUGAGGCGCAUCAUGUGAUGAGCCCAUUGCUCUCUGUGGCGGCUUGGCUUUUCCCCUUCUGCUGCUCCUCCUCCUCUCCUAUUCUCUGGAAGCUGCUGCUGCUGCUCGUCUUGCGGCGAGUCUCGCCCUGACUUGGGGGCUGCUUGGCUGUAGCCGGUGGCAGAGGGUGACAACGCCUCCCACCUCGUCUCCUUCUUCGCAACAUGGGCAACCUUCUGGCCGCGACUGCUGCGCGCUGCCUCGGGGGGCUGCUUGGCUGAGGCGCGGCCACUUGGGAGGGAGCAGCGGCUCGAGCGGCUGGAGCUGUGAGCGGCGUCUGCAGCCCAACAGCCGCACACAAAGGCGCGACCAGUCCAGUCUCCUGCUUUCCAACUUGGGGAAGUACCUGUUUCUAUGACAAUGCAGCAGCAGUUUAAUUGCAAAUACUUUUAAUACCAGCCACAAAGAAUGCCAGAGAUUGUUGGCUGCCAGCUGUUUCUGACUGCAAUUUGUGGUGCAUCUUUGAGAUCCUAGCUGGGCUGCUUAUGGAAAAACACGAGUGGAAAUCUCUCUGCUGGCUGAACGCUAUUCACAGGGGGAUGAUCUAUUGCUUUUCAAGCUCAGAUUGAUGCAAAGAGAAAUCUCUUCUUCCCAAAGAAGCAUUGUACACAUCUUGGAUACUAUUCAACUGUUGUGGAGUGGAGGGGCCUUUUGUGAGCUACUGUUGUUGAAUCCUGUGACAGCUGAAGCCAGAUCUUUCUGAAGGGGGGAAAAAAUGUUUGCACCAUCUUGUCCCCCUCGUCAUACUUAGAACACUUGAUUCUGUUUGAAGAAAAUCUGCAGUGGAAUCGCUUAACAAUUCUGAAGUGCAACUAUUCUUGUAUGACUUCUACUUAUAUGUUUUUAAAGAAGUAGAAGGGGUCUGUGAAAAAUAAGGAAAGUGAAGGAAGAACUAGUAAAUAGAUCGACAUGUUUAAUGUAUGCAGACAGCAGAAGAACAUUUAUUGAUGGGUGAUGAAAAACAAAAGUCACAGGAACUUAAGCAACUGUAUUACUCAGAAAUGGCUGUAUGGUUUUGGACAUUGAGCAUUCUGACAUUGAGCUAUUCUUGUGUUACCUGUGCAUUAAGACCUAAGAAUCUGGAUUUUUACCCGAGUGAAAAAGAACUAAGGCACUUGAUAGUGAACCAUGAGACGGGGACAGUCUACCUAGGAGCGGUAAAUGCCCUGUAUCAGCUUACUAAAGACUUGAAACCAUAUCCAUCAGUGGAUGUAGUAGUAACUGGGCCGUACUUGGAUAACAAAAUGUGCACACCUCCCAUUGAUGAAAGUCAGUGCACUGAAGCAAAAAUGACUGACAAUUACAACAAGAUACUUUUGAUGGAUGUGCAGGAGAAAAAAAUUAUUGUUUGUGGAAGCUUAUUUAAGGGCAUUUGUUCCAUAAGAGAGCUCGAGAACAUUUCAAAUAGAACUUACUAUGAGAAUGGCAGUGGAGAAAAAUCAUUUGUUGCAAGUAAUGAUGAGAAUGUUUCCACAGUGGGGCUGAUAGCCUCUUUGCCAAGAGGUCGAAUGAUGUUUGUGGGAAAGGGGAAUGGGCCAAGUGACAAUGGGAUAAUCAUCAGCACUCGGCAACUUUUCAAUGGGGAUGGGAGAGAGAUUUUCGAGCUAUAUGCAGAUCCUGCUGCUAUUAAAUCAGCAUAUCCUUCCUCAAGCACUCAACAGUUUCUAUACGUCUUUGAAGACAACCAAUAUAUAUACUUUAUUUUCAAUCAGCAUGAGAAACAGCCUCCUAAAAACCGGACAUUAAUUGGGAGACUUUGCAAGGAAGAUGAACAUUAUCAUUCUUACUUUGAAAUGGAUUUGGAAUGUAAAGAUGAGUUUGGACCUUACAACCAAUGUAAUGCAGUCCAUGCCUCUGUACCUGGGCAGAUUCCAGCAGUGAAUAUAGCAUCAGAACAAGAUGAUGUCACAUCAGAUGGCAAAAUACUUAUUGCACUUUACAGCAGGAUCCGUGAAAAGUCUUUGGAAUCUGCUAUGUGUUUGUUUGAUUUGAGUGAAAUCAAUACAAGAAUGGAAGAAAAAAGGGAGGAGUGUUAUAUGAGGCAUGACCAAGGUGUAUUUUACAAACCAUUUAGAACUGAUAACGCUCCAUGUAGUACUUCAACUCACCAGGGUUCAAGCAAAAAUUUUCCAUGUGGGGGUGAACAUCUGCCAUAUCCUUUGGGAAGCAAAGAGGGAGUGUCUACAACACCUGUAUUAAAGAAGGAGGGUGUAGAUUUAACAGCAGUGACAUUUGCAGCAGAGAAUGGGCAGACCGUGGUAUUUGUUGGAACAUCAGAUGGUAGAAUACUAAAGGUGUUUCUGGUGUCACGUUCUACAAAGGAGUAUGGCAGUGUACUUAUUGAAAAAAACAGACCUAUUAAGAAGGAUCUCAUCCUUGAUGCUCUCCAUGAGAACUUAUAUGUGAUGACCACGAACAAGGUGUUCCGUUUGCCAGUCCAGGAGUGUGAUAGUUACUCAACCUGUGGUCUCUGUAUUCAAGCCAGAGAUCCUUACUGUGGCUGGUGUGUAACAGAGGGAAAGUGCACAAGGAAAAAAGACUGUGAAAGAUCGGCUCGGGCAAACAAUUGGCUCUGGAGCCCAGAUGGCAUUUGUUUGAAUAUCAUAAGUGCUCAACCUCAAAAUAUGAGUCGGAGAGUCCAAGACAAGGUAGAAUUGACUCUAAGCCGUUUGCCAGAUUUAAAUGAAGAGGACCAGCUUUGGUGUAACUUUGGUGGAACGACUUAUAAGGCAGAGUUGCAAGGAGAGGCCAUUAUCUGCAAUCCUCCUAAUGAAAUUCCUCCAACAACAAAAGGCAAAGAUUAUGUCUUGGUUCCAUUGCAUCUGACCUUUGGUGAUGGUAUAGCUUUUGCAUCGGGUACAUAUCCGUUUUAUGACUGUGGAGAAGCUAUAAAUAAUAUUGAAAAUCAACCGUGCCAUUCCUGUGCAAGCAGCAGCUGGAAUUGCCAGUGGAACUGGAAGAAACAUAUCUGUGUAGACUCAUCUUCAGAUCAAGAUGCAAUUAAACAAAGCAUGGCAGAAGACUGUCCACAGUUUCUAAAUCCCAGUCCUGAAACAAUUCCUAUGGAAGUCUCAACGCGUGUCUACUUUGAAGGAAAAAAUCUAGACAAUUAUCAGGGUAGCUCCUUCAGGAUUGGAAGUAACUACAUGGAAUUUGAUGCGUCAGUGCAACAAUCACCUGAUGGAGGUUUCUUCUUCGAAAGCCCAGAGUUUUCCAUUAGUGCAAAUGAAACUCUGCCACUUAGUUUAUUCAUUGAAAAAGACACAGUCAAGAUUGACAGCAAACUGAUGGUUACUUUAUACAGCUGUUCCUAUGGUCGGAGUGACUGCAGCUUGUGUCUUGCGGCGGAUCCUGGGUACAAAUGUGUUUGGUGUGAAGACAGAUGUGUUUACACAGAACUGUGUGAUGCUCCUACUGUCACCUGCCCUCCUCCAGUCAUUACUCAGAUUAAACCAAAGAAUGGACCGCUAAGUGGUGGAAUUUUGUUGACCAUAAUGGGAUCUAAUUUGGGCAUAAAAGCUGAAGAUGUCAAAAGUAUAAUGGUGGCAAACACAGAAUGUAUAUUUAAAGAAGAAUUCUAUUCUGUUUCUACCAAGAUUGUAUGUGAAGUUAAAGCUGUGCAGGAAGCAGGAGAAGGAGCAAUUGAAGUUGAUGUAAAUGGGCAACAGGGCAGAUCAACAAAUGAAGUACAAUUUACAUAUCAGGAUCCUGAACCUAGUGGAAUAGAACCCACCAAAGGCCCCCAAGCUGGAGGGACACUCCUAACUAUCAGUGGCAGGAACCUGGACACUGGCUCUAUUAAAGAUGUUAGGGUUGAUCUGGAUACUAUACCCUGUAGAGUUAUCAAAUGUGGUCAAGAAAUCAUUUGUGUUACUGGACAAAAUAGCAAAGAGGGCCUGGCCUAUGUUACAGUACAUCAUGGAAAUACCUCCAAAAAAAUAGAGAAUGAGCCAUUUAUCUAUACUGGAAACCCUAAAGUUAACAGGAUCAUGCCAGAAACCAGUAUUCGCAGUGGUGGACGUAACAUUACUAUAAUUGGAACGGGUUUUGAUAUCAUUCAAAAUUUCUUUGUGGAAGUUAUAUUUAAGCCUUUUGGAGACUUAUUGAGGAGGAGGAGGGAGAUAGAAGAGCCACAAAAGUUUGAAGGAAAGGACAUCUCAAAAAUCAAUGACACUGCAAUAACCUUCUUAUCUCCACCUGUACUGGAGGAUCCAGAAAACUAUAGGAUUAUUAUACAUAUUAAAAUGGAUGGUUUUGAGGUGGAAUCAACAGAGUUUCAGUACGUUGCUGAUCCAACCUUUGAAAAUUUCACUGAUGGUGUCAAAAAACAGGUCAACAAACUUAUUCAUGCAAAGGGUAGUAAUCUGGACAAAGCUAUGACGAUUGAUGAGGCCAAAGCAUUUGUGGGUGAAGAACCCUGUACCAUAAAAACCCUGACUGAGAAGGAUUUAUACUGUGAACCACCUGAAGAGCAGCCCUUGCCAAAGAGAAGGCAGAAGAGAGAUACAGUUAAUAAUCUGCCAGAAUUCAGCGUCAAAUUUGGCUUCAAAGAAUGGGUCCUAGGAAGAGUGGAAUAUACACAAGUAAGCGACAUGCCACUGGGCCUGAUCUUGCCCUUAGUAAUUAUUCCCAUGCUGGCCAUUAUCCUCGUUGCAAUCUAUUGUUACAGACGGAAAAGCCAACAAGCAGAACGAGAAUACGAGAAAAUUAAAUCACAACUUGAAGGCUUGGAGGAAAGCGUCAGAGACCGGUGCAAAAAGGAAUUUACAGAUUUAAUGAUAGAAAUGGAAGAUCAGACAAAUGACAUCAAUGAAGCCGGGAUUCCUGUGCUGGACUACAAAACUUACACAGACCGAGUCUUUUUUCUGCCAUCCAAAGAUGGAGAAAAAGAUGUAAUGAUCACUGGGAAACUAGACAUUCCUGAAGCAAGGCGGCCAACUGUUGAACAGGCAUUGAAUCAAUUCUCCAAUCUGCUCAAUAGUAAAUCAUUUCUCAUUAAUUUUAUUCACACACUGGAAAACCAAAGGGAAUUUUCUGCCCGUGCAAAAGUGUAUUUUGCAUCUCUCUUGACCGUGGCUUUACAUGGGAAACUAGAAUACUAUACUGACAUCAUGAGGACGUUAUUCUUGGAGCUAAUGGAGCAGUAUGUUGUGGCCAAAAAUCCUAAGCUGAUGCUAAGAAGAUCAGAAACUGUUGUGGAAAGAAUGCUUUCUAAUUGGAUGUCCAUCUGUCUAUAUCAGUACUUGAAGGACAAUGCUGGAGAACCUCUUUUUAAAUUGUUCAAGGCUAUCAAACAUCAGGUGGAGAAAGGCCCUGUGGAUGCUGUGCAAAUGAAAGCCAAAUAUACACUGAACGAUACCGGUUUGUUGGGAGAUGAUGUCGAAUAUUCGCAACUGACUGUAAAUGUGAUUGUACAAGAUGAAGGCACAGAGUCUGUACCAGUAAAAGUGCUCAACUGUGAUACUAUUUCUCAAGUGAAGGAGAAGAUCAUAGACCAAGUGUACCGAAACCUGCCUUAUUCACAGUGGCCAAAGCCAGACAGUGUAGUUCUUGAAUGGCGUCCAGGUUCUACUGCACAAAUACUCUCAGACUUGGAUUUAACAUCCCAAAGAGAUGGCAGGUGGAAACGCAUCAAUACCCUGAUGCACUAUAAUGUACGAGAUGGUGCCACUCUCAUCUUGUCAAAAAUGGGAGUCUCCCAGCAGCCAGAGGAUCACCAACAAGACAUGCCUGAGGAAAGGCAUGCAUUAUUGGAAGAAGAAAAUAAAAUCUGGCAUCUGGUUCGGCCAGUAGAUGAGGUUGAUGAAGGUAAAUCUAAAAGAGGGAGCAUGAAAGAGAAAGAGAGAACCAAAGCUAUUACAGAAAUCUACCUGACAAGGCUCCUCUCUGUGAAGGGUACACUUCAGCAGUUUGUAGAUGACUUUUUUCACAGUGUACUUGACUCAAACCAUGUUGUGCCCCCAGCUGUGAAAUACUUCUUUGAUUUUCUUGAUGAGCAAGCAGAAAAGCAUGAUAUCAAAGAUGAGGAUACAAUCCACAUCUGGAAGACAAACAGCUUGCCACUUAGGUUUUGGGUGAACAUAUUGAAAAACCCUCAUUUCAUCUUUGAUGUUCAUGUUCAUGAAGUAGUGGAUGCUUCCUUGUCAGUCAUUGCACAGACUUUCAUGGAUGCUUGCACAAGAACAGAGCACAAAUUAAGCAGGGAUUCUCCAAGUAACAAGCUACUUUAUGCAAAAGAGAUCUCUAAGUAUAAGAAGAUGGUUGAAGAUUAUUACAGAGGUAUUCGCCAAAUGGUGCAAGUCAGUGACCAAGACAUGAAUACACAUUUAGCAGAAAUUUCUAGGGCACAUACAGACUCAUUAAACACCCUUGUGGCUUUGCACCAGCUCUACCAGUAUACUAACAAAUACUAUGAUGAGAUCAUAAAUGCACUUGAAGAAGACCCAGCUGCACAAAAAAUGCAGCUUGCUUUUCGGUUACAACAGAUAGCAGCUGCGUUAGAGAAUAAAGUGACUGACCUUUGAUAUGAAAGCUGCAAUAAAGAAGUCUGGUGACUUGGUUUGAAGAUGUGUAAAUUCAUUCUUCCUUAAAAGGAAAUAGGGUUCUAUUUUUUAAUGUGUAAUUACGACUUUAAAUGAAAAACAAAAGAAUUCAUUUUUUUAUAGCAAAGCUGUUAUGUAAAGAGUUUUUACUGUAAAUUAUGCUUCUAAUUAAAAUGUUGUGUUGUGUGUAAAUGAAUUUCCAGUGGGAAAUGAGGGAAGUCCUUAGGGGAAGGGGUGGGUAAAGUUAUAGUUCAUUUAAUCAAAUAGUACAAUCUUGAAGCAUCAGCAUUUUAGAAUUCAUUAUGCUAGUUAAUUCAUGUCCUAUAGCAUUCUUUAUACUUUAAGCAAUAUUUGUACUAGAAAAGUGAUAGCAUAUUGGAAAAAAUAAUGCAAUAUCCCCUUUUGAUUUCAGUAAUUGGAAAUAUUUUUUUUACUCUUUUGAAAACAUUGUCUCUAUUCUGCUCAUAAUGAGUAGAAUAAAAGACAGACCUGCUGUGACUUUUCUGUGACAUUGCAAUGGAUUUUUAGUAUCAUGCAAAGUGCUAAAAACAAAGGUUGUUACUCAGCCCUCGUGUUCAUUUUUCCAAAGUGGACAAACAACAUACUGUAGAUUAAUUGAGAUGGUUUGAUCCUUUAACUGGGAAUAUGCAUAUAUCCCUAAGGAUAUACACCUUUUAAAAAAUGUGUGCUUCGGCAUAGAAUUCAGAUGUGAGGGACACGCAGAGUGCCCAAUAUUAAGUGAUGGACAAAGAUCACUGGGUACUUCCAAACAGCCCAGACUGGUCCAGUGUGCCACUGGAAACAAGGCGGCUGGGAAUAGACCAUCUCUUUCUCUAGGAUUUUGUUUACACCACCAUUGCUCUUUGUGUUUGCCACAAAAGAAAAUACUUUGGGGGAAGUCUGUGGUGAGCCAAAGCAAAGCCAAUUUUGGCUGUAUAAAGGUACAAUGUGACAUGCAGAGCUGCUUUAAAGAUAGCAAGGGAGGGUAGUAAAGGUUUAUUACCCAAGGCCCAAAAAUACCUGGAUCGGAGUCUGGUGAGCUUGUAGACUGCCCUAAUAAGGGAGUCUCUUAUCCUGCAGAAUGGCAAGUUCUAAUCUGAUUCAGAAAUCGUGGCAAGUCAAAUCAACCUUUCAAAGGUUUUCUUUAUGUUCUUUUUUAAUUGUUAGUUUUAUUAUAUAUGCUAAUGUGCCUUACUUGUACUAAUUAUGUGGAUCUGAAUGGUUUUGUAAAGAGAAUCAUAUCAAAAAUAUUUAUGUGUGGUUUGAUGACUUUUGUGAGAAUCAUGACCAGCAGGAUGCCUGUAAUUAGCUUCUUGCCAAUAGUGUGCUGUUCAACAUGAGUCAAAUAUGUAUAUCUUUUAUUGGAAUGGUUCAUAGGAUUUUUUUAAAAUGAAUCUUCACACAAUCUUAGGAAGAUCACUAUUUUUUUUAAGGAAAAAAAAACCCUGUGUUUGUACUAUAAAGUACUCGUAAGAAAUCUCAUGCCCUGUCUAACCUAAACACCACUUGAGCCUUGGAAUGCUGCAGUGAAUAGAAUAAUCAGCAUUAACAUAUAGCUGUGGAAAUUAAAAUAACUUGUCAAAGAUAUAAUGUGUGUUUACAAUAUUAGUCAGCUUCCGGGCAAUUUGAUAAAGCUUGGUACAUUAUCUUAAAUUGCUUAUGUUGCACAAAAAUCAACCUUUGUUACAUUUAUUUCUUACCAUAAGUUUUGGCAGUUCAGUGGCAUUUUCAUAUAGCACUGCCAAGACAGCUCAUUUCUGUUUUUUGUUGCUCUGUUUCUAUCCUUCUACACUUUCAACUCUCUGGGCUCUUAAGACAGUAACAGAGUUCUGGUUGCUGUGUCUCCCUGUAAUGGAGUUAAUUUAACCUACUUUUAAAUUACUUUUCAUCAUCAAAUAGAUCUGUAGUCUCUCUCCAAUUUCUUUGGAGUCAGUCACUGGCUGCUUAACUCUCAUCACAAAGCCUAUUGGCAAAACUGGGUGUCACUGCUCAUGUAUUUCCUUUUAUAUGUAACAUUUGCUUUCUUCUCUGUAUACAGCUCAGCACAUUUGGAAUGUAAGGAAUUAUAUGUGUUUGGAUUGGUUUACCUAAGAAUUCUGUGUCAAAACUAAACUUCUGUACUUGCCUUCUGUCUUAUCAACAAAGAUAUCCAAACUUGCUAACCUGUUUUUAUUUUGUCAUUUGUAAAUCCUGUUAAUUGUAAAUCAAAUACAUUUUUUCCACAAAGUGCCA